GGCGAGCGAGUUGAGCCGCUAGUCAACUUGUAUUUUAUCUCUCGUGGCCGCGCAACGCUAGUGUAUACUGUAUAUAGCCCCCACACACAGCAACGAUCUCUCUGCCUCUCCUCCUCUCUCGCUCUGCAGCCACCCUCACGCACAGAGCCGACACGCAUACGACACACAUGGGAAGCUCCGUCAAGGACGCCGGCGGCGGCAAGGAGGAGCAGCAGCAGCAGCUGGAGAGCCCGCUGCUGGAGGCGGCGGUGUCGUCGGGCGGCGGCGAUGGCGGGGGAGGGCACGGGGUGAGCGGGGAGCUGGAGAGCAUCCUGGGCGACGAGACGGUGCCGUGGGCGCGGCGGAUGUGGGCGGCGACGGGGGUGGAGAUGCGGCUGAUGCUGCGGUUGGCGGCGCCGGCCGUGCUGGUGUACAUGAUCAACUACCUCAUGUCCAUGUCCACGCAGAUCUUCUCCGGCCACCUCGGCACGCUCGAGCUCGCCGCCGCCUCCCUCGGCAACACCGGCAUCCAGGUCUUCGCCUACGGCCUCAUGCUGGGGAUGGGGAGCGCGGUGGAGACGCUGUGCGGGCAGGCGUACGGCGCGCACAAGUACGACAUGCUCGGCGUCUAUCUGCAGCGAUCCACCGUGCUGCUGAUGGCCACCGGCGUCCCGCUCGCCGUCAUCUACGCCUUCUCCCGCCCCAUCCUUGUCCUCCUCGGCGAGUCCCCGGAGAUCGCCAGCGCCGCCGCCGUCUUCGUCUACGGCCUCGUCCCGCAGAUCUUCGCCUACGCCGCCAACUUCCCCAUCCAGAAGUUCAUGCAGGCGCAGAGCAUCAUGGCACCCAGCGCCUACAUCUCCGCCGCCACGCUCGCCUUCCACCUCGUCCUCAGCUACCUCGUCGUCUACCAGUUCGGUCUUGGCCUUCUUGGCGCCUCGCUAAUGCUCAGCAUCAGCUGGUGGGUCAUCGUCGUCGCGCAGUUCAUCUACAUCGUCACCAGCCGCCGGUGCAGGCUCACUUGGACCGGCUUCUCCAUGCUGGCCUUCUCCGGCUUGCCCGACUUCUUCAAGCUGUCCCUCGCCUCCGCCGUCAUGCUCUGCCUCGAGACCUGGUACUUCCAGAUCCUCGUCCUCAUCGCCGGCCUCCUCAAGGACCCUGAGAUGGCACUUGCCUCGCUCUCUGUCUGCAUGACAAUUUCUGGAUGGGUGUUCAUGAUCUCAGUCGGAUUCAACGCAGCAGCCAGCGUGAGGGUGAGCAAUGAGCUCGGUGCUGGGAACCCCAAGUCGGCGGCAUUCUCGGUGGUGGUGGUGACGGUGCUGUCGUUCUUUCUGUCGGUGGUAAUCUCGCUUGUCAUCCUGCUGUGCCGGGACUACAUCAGCUACAUCUUCACCGACGGCGAGGACGUGGCGACGGCGGUGUCCAAGCUCACGCCGCUGCUGGCGCUCACCCUCAUCCUCAACGGCAUCCAGCCCGUCCUGUCAGGUGUGGCCGUGGGCUGCGGAUGGCAAGCGUUCGUGGCCUACGUCAACGUAGGCUGCUACUACAUCGUCGGUAUCCCCCUCGGCUGCCUCCUCGGCUUCUACUUCGACCUCGGCGCUGCGGGUAUUUGGAGCGGUAUGAUAGGAGGUACACUGAUGCAGACCUUGAUCCUUAUGUGGGUCACCUUCAGGACCAACUGGAACAGAGAGGUGGAAGAAGCCAUGAAAAGGUUGAACAAGUGGGAAGAUAAGACACCUCUGUUGUCAGAAUAAGAACAAAACAAAAGAAAAGGCUAUUGUGGUUAUUACACUGAGAGCCUACAUGCCUAGAAGAAAUGGGAUUAUGUGGGAAGUUCAUAAAAGGAGAUUUUUCAUCGUGGAAUUCAUCAUUGAGCCACAAUGCUCUGUUACUUCUCGUUUCUACUAGCGUACUAGUAUUAUUUCGUUUUUGAUGAUCCUGUUUUACAGUUAUGAUGAUGGAGAUAAUUUGAUCAUUUAUUGAACUACACGUGAAUUAUUGGUUAUUUCUCAUAAGCUUAAAUUUUUGGGGGUGAAUGGACUGGCUUAUACAAAUCUUUAAGUCAUUUUGACAUUUCUCUUUUUAUGAUGAA